GUGUGAGUGUGUGACAUAUCUUUCCAGAACGUAUUGGAGAGGGAGGGGGAGAACACAGAAGCCAGCUCGUUUGACCAGAAACAGAGCUGCCUGUGACAGAUGAAGAGCAAGGCUUGGAAUCUGAGAGCAAAGCCCCGCGAGUGGAAAUUUACAACGGCUCCGUGCGCUUGCAAGAGAUCAUUUUCUGCUAACCGUUUUCCGGCGGUGCCUGUGGCUUUAAAGAGACACAGAAAGUCAAAGAGGCAUUGUGGAAAAAAAGUCUCUGCCGGGCUUGGACAAUAAGAGGCAACCCCUGUUAAAUGGAAGAUAAAAGCGAUUUCACCGAAAGGGCUUUGAAACCGAGAGAGAGCUGUCUUCAGCACCUCAGCAUGUCUGUUGCUUAGAUAAGACUGGGUGUUUCUGGAAGAUUUGCAUUCUAUCUUGGAAGAAGUGAUAUCUAGACAUCAAAAAAAGAAAAAAUGCCUUUGUUUAGUAAAUCACACAAAAAUCCAGCAGAAAUUGUGAAAAUUCUGAAAGAGAACAUGGCUAUUUUGGAAAAGCAAGACAAAAAGACAGACAAGGCCUCAGAGGAGGUGUCAAAAUCACUGCAGGCGAUGAAAGAAAUUCUGUGUGGUACAACUGACAAGGAGCCCCCACCCGAAGCAGUGGCUCAGCUGGCGCAGGAACUCUACCAGAGUGGGCUGCUGGUGACUCUCAUAGCAGACCUGCAGCUGAUCGACUUUGAGGAGCUCAUUCGUUACUUCUGUAUCCUCUUCAGUGAAAUAUAUGAAACCCCACAAAUUGCCUUACGUUGCGGGAUGAUGCUAAGAGAAUGUAUUCGAUAUGAGCCACUUGCCAAAGUCAUCCUCUUUUCUAAUCAAUUCAGAGAUUUCUUUAAGUACGUGGAAUUGUCAACAUUUGAUAUUGCUUCAGAUGCCUUUGCUACAUUUAAGGAUUUAUUAACCAGGCAUAAGGUGUUGGUAGCAGACUUCUUAGAACAAAAUUAUGAUGUUAUUUUUGAAGAUUAUGAGAAGUUGCUUCAGUCUGAGAAUUACGUGACUAAGAGACAAUCUUUAAAGCUGCUAGGGGAGCUGAUCCUGGAUCGGCACAACUUUGCCAUCAUGACGAAGUACAUCGGCAAACCCGAGAACCUGAAGCUGAUGAUGAACCUGCUCCGAGACAAGAGUCCCAACAUUCAAUUUGAGGCCUUUCACGUCUUCAAGGUGUUUGUGGCCAGUCCUCACAAAACCCAGCCUAUUGUGGAGAUCCUAUUAAAAAAUCAGCCCAAACUCAUUGAGUUUCUUAGCACCUUCCAGAAGGAGAGGACGGACGACGAGCAGUUCACUGAUGAGAAGAACUACUUGAUUAAGCAGAUUCGAGACUUAAAGAAAACUGCCCCUUGACCUCCUCGCCCCAUCCGGUGCAGCCCUGGGCCCCCUCUGCUGUUUGUCCAAUGAGUGUGAGUCCAGCCAGUCCUCAUUCCUGGGGUAGCUUUGAAGGCGCCUGUUCCCCCUCGAGUCAUUGUUCAGGUAGAUGAAGCAUAAACAUUUGAAUGAAAGAGAGAAAAAAAAAGUAGAAUAAUAUAUGUUCAUCAAGUCUGUGAUGAUUUAAGUGAAAUCAGAGCCAUUUGAUUAGCCGUGCUAAAAGCACCCCCCCUCCCCCCACUCUGUUGUUGACAAACAGCAGCAGGGUCGGGCACUUGAAGGCUCCACGCCAGAUCUCAGUGGCGGUGCCACCGGGUCCUUGGGGCAGGAACGGGGACACAUUCAUCCUUCCUCUCGGCACUUCAACGCCUUUCUUCAGCAAGGCGCUGAAAGGUCCAAGAAAGCGGGCGGAUGCGUCUGUCGUGGUGUGCCUACUGUCUUUCCACUGUACAGGACCCGCUGCCACCUCCAGGGCAGAUGGUCCCUCGCUGCCGCACCUGCCACCUCCUCCAGUUCAUUUUCUGCUGUGUCCGCUGACUUCUGAGGACGCUUCUCUGAGCCCCGUCAGGACAGCUGUGGGGAAAGCUUGUUGUAGACAAGGAGGCAUUUCUUCAGGAUGACUGGCCACAGGCCGGGGGAGAAGACUACUUUUCUUUCCCUCCCUCCCUCCCUCCCUCCCUCCCUUCAUUCAUUCUUUCUUUCUUUCUUUUGAAUAGAGAGUGAGUUUGUUGAAUGGAAUACUUAGGGGGAAAAGAACUCGUCUAAAAGGCUUGGUAGAAUUUAGAGCCAGGCCUUCAGUCUGCUAGUAACAGACCUCUCACCGUUGACUGGCUUUCUGGUGGGGCUUCUGCUAGGAGCUGGUUCUCUUAGAGUAACCCCUCUUUCCAGGUCCAUGGGCUCCUGCACCCGUGCACCCCAGACUUCAUCGCGUGCCCUUGUUUUCAGACCAAGACCGCUUUUCUAACCAGGGAAGGGAAAUAGUUAAAUGCACGAACAGCUUCUCAAAUGCCUAAACCCUUCUUUUUCCCCCCUCCGUUGUUUUUAUUCCUGGAAGCUGGCCCGUGUGAACCACACAUCAAAGUCUUCCGUGAAAAGCAGAGAGCAUAAAUAUUUGGUUCUUAAUUCCCUAUUACACACUCGAGUGAUGAAGGGGUUCGGUUGUCUUCUUUCAAAACAGCCUGAGACCAGCCGGAAAACAAGAACAGAAAAGGUCGUGGCUCGUUUUCAGCCAUCAGGUGUAUGCAAUGGAAUGUUAAUGCUCUGUUUAUAAAACACUACACGCGUAACUGCUAAUUUGUCUGUUUUCGUAAUUCUCUUUCUAAAUCAUGUGUUGUUGCUUUCAAAAACCCAUGUGCUUUCUAACACUGGGGGGCUGUGUUCUUGACUUUUAAUCCACCAAUGAUUUCACCACGCAGAGAGAGAGAAAGAGGAGUCUGUUCUUCCUCAUCGGCACCCUUUGUCGAGUUUUGUAUCUAAAGAAUCACCUGGCAGGGUUCCCCGGGCUCGGCCAGGGCCCAGGUUGUCUCCGUGUGCAGCGUAGACUCUUGCGCAGGUAGAGCAGGUAGGCAGGCCUGCUGGACCUCCUUGGGUAACAGUUCUGACCAAUAGCCAUGUGGCAUAUUCCAGUGGCAGGCCCUAAUGGCUUCCAUUCCUGAGCCAUUAAAACCAGAUUAUGUCCGUAGCACAUCCUGCCAGCCCAAAGGCCCUUAGAAUUUGACUUGGCCAGUUUUGCUCAUUUAAGCCAUAGAGAUCGUGUAGAUGUUUUAAUUAAAGGGGAACUAGCCGUCAGAAAUUGAUUUGGUUGCUUAACACUGCUCCACCACCUCAUAGGGCACAGUUUGUUGUAUUGAAAGCAAGGCACUUUUAUAAUUUUUUCUUAAUAAAGAAGAUAUGUUAUUUCCUCUGGGCUUGAACUAGCUCUUUCCUUUUUAUCCUAGCUGAAUACUUGCCAAACUGUAAACUAGAGUCUAAGAGGCAACGGGAGAAGUAGCUGGCAUUGUCUUGUGAUGUAAGUUUGAAAAGUAUUCAUGUGAAAGGCAAGCAGAAGUUCAAGCGAUGUUUGCGCAAAGGUCACUAACUAUUGUUCGACUUCAAUGUUGAAAAGAUCCUAUUUAAUAAGUUUUCAAAAGCACCUGUUUAAAUGAAGAUUGACAAAAUAAAAAAGAUGCCACGUG